AUGGAAGGGGAAGACACGGAUUCGGGUGAUUACUCUUUAGCGGCGAUGCUAUUACCGGCGACAAGGGGUUUUAGCAGGCGACACUCUCUAGAGUCGCCGCUAAAAGCCCCUGUCGCCGCGGUUGGAACAAGAAACUUGAAGAAGCUAAUCAAUGAUCUUUCUUUGGAUAUUGGCAACAAUGCAAUCUGUAAUGGCAGGUUCAUACUAACUUAUCCAUCAAAUCUUAUCAUCUGUGCUCAGUGCUCAAGUAAACAAUUUCUUAUAGUUGCAUCUUCUUCUUUGUAUGAUAAUUUAAUGGAACAUUUUGUUUAUGCAGCCCAAUCUUGUUUAGUUGGAGUUAAAGAUAACAUAGGAAUUGAGGCAAUAAGACACCCUAAUGCUCUCCACCCUCGGAAUGUGAUGGCAUAUGAUAAUGCAGUUACUGCUUUAGGGAAAAUAUGUCAUUUUCAUCAUGAUAGUACUGAAUCAACUCAGGAGGGAACAAUGCUGAUGGACAGGAAGUCAAAGUUUCUUGAAUCUGAAUAUGAGAAGGUGAUUGACUUCUAA